AACAAAUUUUUAGCCAUCCAAAUUAGUUGUGCGCGAAACUUUGUUCGGAGCUGUUGUGAUCGGUGCGAAAAAGAAGGAAGAGAAACUAAGCCACGAAAGUGAAACUCUUUAGAAUUUUAUUGUUCUCAAGUUAACUUAAGAGUACAACAACAAAAGAAAAAUAGCUACAACAACAAUAGAGGCACGUUUAGCCAUACAAAAAUAUUCCAUAACAAAUAAGAACAUAUGUACCGGCAACAAAAACACAAGUGAUUUAUGGAAAAAAUACUAACAACAACAUCUCGCUAAAGGCAAACACAACACGAUAAGCUUUUUAUGCGCUUCUUCUUCUUCUUGCCGUAUAUACCCGUGACCCCCACCAACAAACACAACAAUGUUAAUGCGCUGUCAAGUUUUCCAGAGUCUGUUUGGCAGGCAGUUACUUAACAGACCCCAAGCUUUUACAGUUGGGGGCAAAACUUUGGCAACAUCGGCAACGGGGGAGAUAACAGACGACCACCCUCUGAAGGGUAUUAAAAUUCUGGAUCUUACACGCAUUGUGGCCGGCCCAUAUUGUACCAUGCUUUUGGCUGACAUGGGCGCUGAGGUGUACAAAAUCGAAAGACCCUAUGCCGGAGGUGAUGAGUCACGCAAAUGGGGUCCACCUUUCCUGGAGAAGAGCAAAGAUUCCACCUAUUUCCUGGCCUCGAAUCGUAAUAAGAAAAGUGUUUGCAUUGAUUUGAAAAAGGGCAAGGAUAUCAUUUACGAUUUGGCUCGGACCUGUGAUAUCCUGGUGGAGAAUUAUGUUCCGGGAAAAUUGGAUGAAUUGCAGCUGGGCUAUGAGCAGCUCAAGAAAGUGGCGCCCCACUUGAUUUAUUGUUCCCUAACAGGUUAUGGAUCCCGGGGUCCCUAUGCCAAGCGGCCGGGGUAUGAUGUCAUAGCUGCUUCCAUGGGUGGAUUGCUGCACAUAACUGGAGAACGUUCGGGGCCACCGAGUAAAGUGGGUGUGGCCGUAACGGAUGUGUCCACUGGCCUAUAUGCCCAUGGUGCAAUUUUGGCAGCUCUGCUACACCGGCAACGCACUGGUCGUGGCCAAAAAAUCGAUGUCAAUCUCUUCUCCACCCAGGUUUCGAUGCUCAUCAAUGUGGCCUCCAAUUAUCUCAAUGCCGGUCUGGAUGCCCAACGUUGGGGCACCGCCCACUCCAGCAUUGUACCUUAUCAAAGUUUCAAAACCAAGGAUGGUUAUCUCACCUUGGGCACCGGCAGCGAUAAGCAGUUUCAGGAAAUGUGUCAACGCCUAAAACUCGAACACCUGGCCGAGGACGCCAAAUUCAAAACCAACAAAGAUCGUGUUGAAAAUCGUGAGGAAAUAAUUAAAAUUCUGGAUAAUAUCUUCUCUCAGAAAACCUCAAAACAAUGGAUGGAAUUAUUCGAAAAUGUCUCAUUCCCUGUGGGACCGGUGAAUAGCAUACGUGAGGUCUUUGAAGAUGAACAUAUCAAGUCAAUCGGUUUGGUCAAGACCCUGCCCCAUAGCAAAGAUGGGGUGGUGAAAAUGGUGGGACCCCCUGUCGAAUUCAGUGAAUCGAAAAAUGAUGCCAGGACAGCACCGCCGGUAUGUGGCCAGCAUACGGAUGAUGUUUUGCGUGAGGUAUUGCAAUAUUCGGAGAGACAAAUUGCGGAAUUGCGGCAGAAGAAAAUUAUUGAAUAGAUGAAUGUUUGUGUAAAGGAGAAGAGAGAGAGAGAGAGAGAGAAAGAGGCCGAGGAAAAUGCAUUUAAAAUAAA